CUUGCAACUCGCAGUUUGCUACGGAACGGGCUCGCAGGUUGCGAUUGCCAUUGUAUAAUCGCUGCGAGUAAAUCGCAGUUCGCGAGUUUUUGCUCAUCUCUAGUAUCUGUAUACAUUUCUUUCGUUUUGAAAUCUGUUUUGACAGCAGAAUGGUUUUAUAAGUUAUAAAUAGGUUAUAAACUACAAGGCAUAAACAAUGGUAUAUGUUUUUUACCGAUAUUAAUGUAAAUGGAUCGGGUAGAUAUGUCUGCAUUAAGUAUAAAUGACGAUAGCACUUUUCCCGAAGAUGCUGAACGUAUACAAACAUCGCCUGCAUCGUCUGGCGAAAUAUCAACGAUGGAUGUAGAUACCAUCAGUGUAAAGAGUGAAGUUAAAAGUGCGAUAGAACCCAGAAGAUCUUCAAGAAAGAAGGCACCAAAGCGCCUCGUUUCUAUGGAAAACAAGGAGAAACAGAAAAAACCUGAUCCUAGUAAUGAGAAGGACAUAGAAAAAAUUUAUUUGAAUAAAAAUAUAAAGUUGACACAUCUUUCACUAGAAACCAUACCUGAAGAACCUCAAAAUGGAUGUGUUAUGACUAAAAAGAAAUUCAAGAGAAGGUUAAUAUUCAAACCAAACACUGAAAUAGUUAAUGUGAACAAAAUGAAGUCCAAGAAGAGAUGUGCAAGGGCCAAAAAGUUGUGUGAAUCUCUGAGGAAGAUCAAAAAGAAACUACCAAUGAACUUAUUCCUAGAAAAACUUUCUUGCUUAGAUAAUGAUGAAUGUAGUCAAGAAAAAGGACCAAGCAUUUACAUUCAAUAACAUAUUUUGAUGAUUAUUUUUCCAUAAUUUGAAUACAUUUUUUAAGCUUUUGCUGCUUAUCUGUGCAUGUGAAUUGUUUUCUUCAAUACGAAACAGCUUAUCACCCCUUUAUAAAAUAAACAAAAUAUGCACACACAGCACAACUUUUUUCAGCAAGAAAUUUAGCCUUCUGCCUGACAAAAUAAAAGAUAAGAAUGCAGGUAGGGUUGCCUAUAGAGUAUUGUGGGUUAGGUAUUAUAGGUACCAGGUAUAAUCUAUGGGUUAUUUUCAUACAUAGAUUGACCUUCUGAACCUGUUUAUGAUUUAUAUCUUCUUAAAAUAUACAGCAGUAUUUAAUAUUCCAUAAAUAUUGGUUUUAAAACUAGAAUUCAUCAUGAAGUUGAGACAUCUAAAACAAGUGAAUUCCUUAAUAAGAAAGUAUUCUCAAAACGCAUGGAGUCACCUAGUUGUGAAACAUGUGAAAGAAGAUUAUGAAGGUGUUACACUAUUUGGUCUCAACAGACCUGAACAGAAAAAUGCAAUGAGUAAAGCUUAACUGAGCUCUUUAUCUGAAGUUGUAACUAAGUUAUAUAAUGAAAAUCAAACUACAGUUCUCAUUCUACAUAGUUUAAUUCCAGGUGUAUUUUGUUCAGGUAAGUUUUGGUUUACUUAUUGUGACUUUGUCAGUGGCAGACCUGGGAUAGGGGCGCGUCAAUUGUCAUUGAUUCUGAGAUUUAUUUUGGAAUCUGCUAUGAUAAACAUACUACACAUCAGCAUGUCUGAGAAACCAAGGAUCUUCCACAGUGAACCUUCAAUGAACAUGGAGUCCCUCAAAAAGUCAAAGAAUCUUUCAUGUAGCCUAAGCUCCAUCGAUAGAGAUAGACCUUAGACAGUUUUUGUUCAGCUGGGCUGAUCUGAAAGAACGUGCAGAGAUGGAUGCAAAAGAUGUGCCCAUAUUUGUUUCUAGAUUUAGGCAGCUCGUCAACAGUAGGUAUUUAUAAUAUACCCGUACCGACUAUCGCUGCUUUGGAUGGUACAGCUCUUGGUGGUGGCUUAGAAAUAGCACUAGGCUGUGACAUUCGAGUAGCUGCUACGAACGCUAAAAUGGGCCUGGUUGAAACUAAGUUUUCCGUUAUGCCAGGAGCUGCAGGCAUUCAGUUAUUGCCAUGAAACAUUAGUCAAUCACUAGCUAAAGAAAUGAUUUUUACUGCUAGAGUACUUGAUGGAAAUAGAGCAGAAAAAAUUGGAUUAGUAAACCAUGCGGUAGAACAAAAUGAAGAAGGAAAUGCAGCAUUUAAGAAGGCACUAAGUAUUGCUGAAGAAAUAUUACCGAACGGGCCAAUUGCUGUUAGAAUGGCGAAGAAGGCGAUAAUCAAAGGUGUUGAAGCGAAUUUUAGUACAGGACUUGCAAUUGAAGAAGCAUGCCAUGCACAGCUGAUACCAACGAAGGAUAGAACGGAAGGAGUGGCGCCGUCUAGGGAUAAAAGAAAACCGGAUUAUAAAGGACACUAAUUAGUGCAAAUUGUAACGACUUGACCUUGUGUGCCCAAAUUGCAGGAUUUAAAUUAAAAAAUUACAAAGCCAAUCUGAGUCUAUUUACAUUGAGUAUAAAUGACAAUAGCACCCUUGUUGAAGAUCAACAUAUCCAAAGAUCGCCUGGCGAAGUAUGCAUCUCUAAUAGGGUUCAGACCAUGGAUGUGGAAAAAACUGGUGAAAAUAGUAAAGGUGAAAGUGAAAUAACACAGCAGAAGAUCAUCAAGAAACAAGGCGUUGUUUUUGUUGAAAACAAGGAACAUUGAACGAACUUGACCAUAUUAAUGAAAUGGAAUCGAAAAAAUUUAUUUGAAGAGAUUGAUAAAGUUGUGACAACUUACACCAGAAACCAUACAUGGAGAGCGUCAAAAUGGAAGUGUUAUGACUGCAACAAGAUUCUAGAUAAUGUUAAAGUGAGAACCAAACAUUGAAAUGAAUAAUGCGAACCAAAUGAAGGUCAACAAGAGAUUUACAAAGUAAAAAACGUUAUGUGAAAUUCUGAGAGAGUUGAAAAAGCAACUACCAACUUAUUGUUAGAAAAACUGGAAUGCUUAGAUAAUGAUGAAUGCAAUCAAUUGACUGAAGAAUCGUAUUACCUAAUGUUUUAUGCUCGGUGGUUAUAAUACUAGAAUUCAUCAUGAAAUUAAGACAUCUAAAACAAGUUAAUUUCAUAAUAAGAAGAUAUUCUCAAAAUGCACGCAGUAGUGAGCUCGUUGUGAAACAUUUGAAAGAAGAUUAUGAUGGUGUCACUCUGUUGGGUCUCAACAGACCUGUACAGAAAAAUGCAAUGAGUAAAACUUUGCUGAGCUCCUUAACUGAGGCUGUGAAUAAGUUGUAUUAUGAAAACCAAACUAGGGUUCUCAUUUUACAUAGUUUAACUCCAGGUGUAUUUUGUGCAGGGGCUGAUCUAAAAGAACGAGCAGAGAUGGAUGCAAAAGAUGUGCCUGCAUUUGUUUCCAGGUUUAGGCAGCUCGUCAACAGUAUUUAUAAUAUUCCAGUACCGACCAUCGUUGCUUUGGAUGGUGCAGCUCUUGGUGGUGGGUUAGAAAUGGCACUAGGUUGUGAUAUACGAGUAGCCGCUAAGAACGCUAAAAUGGGUCUUGUUGAAACUAAAUUAGCCAUUAUACCAGGAGCUGGUGGCACUCAGUUAUUGCCACGAAUCAUCAGUCGAUCACUAGCUAAAGAAAUGAUUUUUACUGCUAGAGUGCUCGAUGGAAGUAGAGCAGAAAAAAUUGGGUUAGUAAACUAUGCGGUAGAACAAAAUGAAGAAGGUGAUGCAGCAUUUAAAAAGGCACUUAACAUCGCUGAAGAAAUAUUGCCGAACGGACCUAUUGGCAUCAGGAUGGCGAAGAAAGCGAUAAAUAAAGGUGUUGAAGCGGAUUUCAAUACAGGACUUGCAAUUGAAGAAGCGUGCUAUGCACAGCUGGUACCAACGAAGGACAGAACGGAAGGACUGGCGGCGUUUAGGGAAAAAAGAAAACCGAAUUAUAAAGGUCACUGAUUGGUAGUUGAAUUUGAGCUCAAACUGCACGAUUUUUAAUAAAGAAAUAUCUACGACAGA